AUGUUUGACGUAUUCAAGGAACAUGGGCUGGUUUGGGAAGUUUUCAUACCGGCUAGAAGGGACAAAAAAGGAAAGUGGUUUGGAUUUGCUAGGUUCAGGAAAGUAAAAGAAGCUAGAUUAAUGGCAGUCAAGUUGGAAAAUAUAAUAAUUAGGGGAAAAAUAUUUGCCAACUUGCCUAAGUUCAAUCGUAGAUGGGAAGCCAAAAGGGGGAAGAUCCAAAUGGAAGAAGGUCAGUCGGUGGCCAAAAAUGCGCAGGAUUUGAGUAAAAAGAAGAAGAAGCUUUUUGAAACAAUGAAUAUAACAUAUGCUGAUGUUGUGGGAGGACAAUAA